GCCCAGGGCGCAUUGGUUGGGAGUACGGGGGCGGGGCUCCGAGGAGCGCGGGGCGCGGUGGCGGUCAUGGAGGCAACUGGUGCCUGUUUCCGCAAGGAGCUGGUGAGCAAGCUGCUGCACCUGCACUUCAAGGACGAGAAGACCAGAGUCAGUGGGGACGCGCUGCUGCUCACGGCGGAGCUGCUGAAGGUCUUCGUCGUGGAGGCGGCCAUCCGCAGCAUCCGGCAGGCCCAGGCCGAGGACCUGCCCUGCGUGGAUGUGGACCAGCUGGAGAAGGUGCUGCCUCAGCUGACAGCGACGAGGCUGCCGGUCCCCACGGUGCUCCAGGCCCGGUCCCAGCAGCAUGCUGUUGUCCCUCACGCCACCCCGCCCAGCGGGUGACCGGACAGAGGUGUGGCAGAAGCGGGGACUGUGACCUCUGCCGACAGACCGAACUGUGCAGGCCGCCGCCCCGGAACCGCGUGCCGCCCCCUCGGCUGAGC